AUGUCUAUCACAGGAAAUGCCAGAAAGCUCACUUUUGUCUCCAAAAACUUGGGAAAGGAUAUCGACUUGAUGCUUAUGUUCGACCCCCCAAAAGAGGGUACACUUUUUACAGAUUUGUACCCCGUUUGCUGGAAGGUCCUUCAAUUCAGUGCUUCUAACAUCAGCACCGCAGUCGUGGUAUAUACUGCAGACACCGCGUUUAUCGUUCCGCAGGCAAACGAUGAUUCCAACAUAGUCUCUGCCCUGAACGUUGAGAGAUGCCAGGGUGGCCAAGUCUGCUCGUUGAUGACCAACAACAAGGGAAAUAAUUACCUUACCCAUCCAGGAGUAGGUACUCCUGGAAUCAUUCAGUGCAAAAUCCAAUCUGCAAAGCCAGCGGAUCUUGCAUUCGGUAUCAUGGGCAAGGAUCAGUCGGUUGCACCCAUCUUUAAAUGGACCGGACUUGGUGUCGAUUCCACUCUGGCUGUAAAACUCACCCCCGUAUUGAGAAUCUAUGGGGUCAGCGACUAUCAUUCUAGCGAAAUCUUGACAGCAAAUGUCAACACGGACGAGUUGUUUAGGCAAGACCUUACUCAACUCCCUCACGAAACUACCUGGAAUGUUGUCCGUGAUCCUAGCAGCUUGCAGUUGAAGAUUGUGCGCGCCAAGUAG